AUGGGCAAGGCGGCGAGGUGGCUGCGUGGCCUGCUGGGCGGCGGCGGGAAGAAGGAGCAGGGGAAGGAGCAGAGGCGGCCAGCCACGGCCGCGGCGCCGCACGGGGACCGGAAGCGCUGGAGCUUCUGCAAGUCCACCAGGGACUCGGCCGAGGCGGAGGCGGCGGCCGCUGCCGCCGCGCUCAGCGGCAACGCGGCGAUCGCGCGCGCGGCCGAGGCGGCGUGGCUCAAGUCCUUGUACAACGAGACCGAGCGGGAGCAGAGCAAGCACGCCAUCGCCGUCGCCGCGGCCACCGCGGCGGCGGCCGACGCUGCCGUGGCCGCCGCGCAGGCCGCCGUGGAGGUCGUGCGGCUCACCAGCAAAGGGCCGACGUCCACGGUGCUCGCCGGUGCCGUCGCCGAGCCCCGCGGCCGCGCCUCCGCCGCGGUCAAGAUCCAGACGGCGUUCCGUGGAUUUCUCGUGAAGAAGGCUCUGCGCGCGCUCAAGGGGCUGGUGAAGCUGCAGGCGCUGGUGCGCGGCUACCUGGUGCGGAAGCAGGCGGCGGCCACGCUGCAGAGCAUGCAGGCGCUCGUCCGCGCGCAGGCCUGCAUCCGCGCCGCCCGCUCGCGCGCCGCCGCGCUCCCCACGAACCUUCGCGUCCACCCGACCCCUGUCCGGCCGCGCUACUCGCUGCAAGAGCGGUGCAGCAGCACGGAGGAUUCCCGGAGCGACCACGGCGUGGCGCCGUACUACAGCCGGCGGCUGUCGGCGAGCGUGGAGUCGUCGUCGUGCUACGGGUACGACCGGAGCCCCAAGAUCGUGGAGAUGGACACCGGGCGGCCCAAGUCGCGCUCCUCCUCGCUCCGCACGACCUCCCCCGGCGCCAGCGAGGAGUGCUACGCUCACUCGGCGUCGUCGCCGCUCAUGCCGUGCCGACCGCCCCCGCGGAUCGCGGCGCCGACCGCGCGCCACUUCCCGGAGUACGAGUGGUGCGAGAAGGCCCGGCCGGCGACGGCGCAGAGCACGCCCCGGUACGCGAGCUACGCGCCGGUGACGCCGACCAAGAGCGCGUGCGGCGACCACGGAUACACGUACAGCAACAGCCCGUCGGCGCUCAACUGCCCGAGCUACAUGUCGGGCACGCGGUCGUCCGUGGCGAAGGUGCGGUCGCAGAGCGCGCCGAAGCAGCGGCCGGAGGAGGGCGCGGUGCGGAAGAGGGUGCCGCUGAGCGAGGUGAUCAUCCUUCAGGAGGCCCGGGCGAGCCUGGGCGGCGGCGGGGGCGCGCAGAGGUCGUGCAACCGGCCGGCGCAGGAGGAGGCGUUCAGCUUCAAGAAGGCCGUGGUGAGCCGCUUCGACCGCUCGUCGGAGGCGGCCGAGCGGGACCGGGACUUGUUCCUGCAGAAGGGAUGGUGA